AUGGCAAAAGUCACAAACUGGGACAAAUUCGUCAUAAUACUAUGGAAGAAUUGGAUCCUCCAAUGGAACUGCAAAAUUCGAACUGUCGUAGAGGUGGCACUGCCAGUCAUAUUCUUUCUGGUCCUUAUUCGUAUACGUACUGAGAUAAAACCUGCUCAAAAGGAUUUCACCAAUUAUUCGGAGCGGAAUAUAUAUGAUCUUAAUUUCGUAAGCUGGAAAAGCAACUUCACCGUGUGCUAUUCGCCGUCGAAUGCCAUCCUUGACAAACUGGUGAACAACGCUUUGCAGAACUGGAAACAAGAAUUCCAAGACUUUGACAUCGGCAAAUAUUACGUUUCUAAAAAUGCAGCCCAACUGGAAUUGGAUGUCGUUCAAAGGAGAGCCUUCGCCGGCAUUCAGUUCAAUGACGCUUGGGCCAAUCUCACGGACCAAAUUCCUGAUGAUUUUUACUUUGCGCUACGAUUUCCAUCAAAGUUACGAUUAAAGGUACCGGAUUUUAAAGUAGAUACCUGGCAAACCAGAAACUUGUUUCCGUCAAUUGGUAUCAGGGGCCAACAAAACCAUGAUUAUCCGGGAUAUUUAAAAGAGGGUUUCCUGGCCUUGAAACAGGAACUUUCGUUGGCCUAUAUACGGCAAAAGUCGGGAAGAUCUAAACUUCCGAAUGUUACGAUACAACACUAUCCAUAUCCCGCCUACAAAGAAGAUUCCUUUCACUUUUAUUUGGCCACCUUAUUGCCGUUAUUGAUAAUACUAAGCUUUUUCGCUCCUUCCUUAUACCGGAAUUUUAUCGCCGCCGAGAAGGAGAAACAGCUGAAGGAGGUUAUGAAGAUCAUGGGACUGAGAAACUGGCUUCACUGGGCUGCUUGGUUUGUAAAGUCCAUUAUACAGCUGACUUUUUCCGCCAUAUUGAUUGCCACAGCACUCAAGGUGGAUACGAAAUAUGGGUCUGUGCUAGAGAAUACUAGCUUUACGGUCCUGCUCUUUUUCCUGAUAUCAUACAUCAUUGCCAGCAUCUGCUUCUGCUUUAUGACGGCCUCUCUAUUCUCGAAGGCCAGUACGGCAUCCACUGUAACGGCAUUGACCUUGCUAAUAGCCCAUAUCCCCUAUUCUUUUACCUUUGACGUCAGUUUGUCCUCCAAGUUAGGCUGGAGCUUGAUCCCUAACACGGCCGUUGGCUUGGGAUUCAAGCUGAUCGUAAACUUCGAGGAAGUCGGCGAUGGUUUGCAGUGGAGUAGCCUCUUUACUCCCGCAUCCGAUGGCGAUUCUUUGACCGUGGGCGCCGUGAUCAUGAUGAUGAUGACUUCCAGUGUCAUCUACAUGAUAAUUUGCUUGUAUGUUGAACAAGUAAGGCCCGGUGAUUUUGGAGUCCCGCGGGUUUGGAACUUCCCUUUUACCAGGGAGUUUUGGGGUAUCAAAAGUACCAAAAUAGAAAACGAUUCGGAGUUCGUUCAGAUGGAUCAAUUGGACCCAAAGGCUUUUGAAAAGGAACUGGAAGGCAAACAAAUCGGACUUCAGAUAAAAGACCUUAGAAAGCGUUUUGCCGAUAAGACUGUGGUGAAGGGCUUGACCAUGAAUAUGUUCAAGGAUGAAAUAACGGUACUACUGGGCCACAAUGGAGCCGGCAAGACCACCACCAUAUCGAUGCUAACCGGGAUGAUUCCGCCGACGAGCGGCGCAGCGAUCAUAAAUGGCUAUGACAUCACAACCCAUACGGAAGAAGCUCGCAUGUCUAUGGGCAUCUGUCCGCAAAACAAUGUGCUCUUUAAUGGCAUGAGUGUAUCGAAUCACAUCCGAUUCUUCAGUAGGAUAAAGGGACUCCGAGGUGAGGAAGUCGAGGCGGAGGUGGCCAAGUAUCUGAAGAUGAUCCAGCUGGAGGACAAGGCGAAUGUGCCGGCAUCGAAACUCUCGGGCGGAAUGAAGCGCAAGCUCUCCGUCUGCUGUGCCCUUUGUGGCGGCACGAAGGUGGUGCUGUGCGAUGAGCCCAGCUCCGGAAUGGAUCCAGCGGCCAGGCGGCAGUUGUGGGAUCUCCUCCAGAAGGAGAAGGUCGGGCGCACCCUGCUGCUGACCACCCACUUCAUGGACGAGGCCGAUGUGCUGGGCGAUCGCAUUGCUAUCAUGUGUGACGGCAAACUCCAGUGCCUUGGGACCACCUUCUUUUUGAAAAAACAAUAUGGAUCGGGGUACCGAUUGAUCUGUGUUAAGGACGAUGACUGUCGAACGGACAAGGUGACUGCCCUACUGAACAGGUACAUUCCGGGUCUGCAGCCGGUGUUAGAUAUCGGUGCCGAGUUGUCUUACCAACUUCCGGAUCGAUACUCUCUCAAAUUCGAGGAGUUGUUCAACGAGCUGGAGGAAAGAUCCGAUGACCUGCAUCUUAAUGGCUAUGGCGUAAGCAUCACCUCGCUGGAGGAGGUGUUCAUGAAGGUCGGUGCCGAACAGGACAGCACUGCUAAAGUGACGGAACAAAGCGAUAGCAUUAAUGGAGAUGACUACAAAUCUUUAGAGUCCCUCGGAACUUUCUCGGAUAAUAGACGCAAGCUCCAGGGACUGCAGCUCUACUUGAAUCAAUGGAAGGCCAUGUUGCUCAAGAAGCUCCUGUACACUUGGCGAAACAAGUUGUUCCUAUUCGUACUAAACGUAACUCCAGUGUUAUUUUUGGUCAUAAGCUAUUUAAGCGUAGUAUUGACGGACGAUCUGAGGACGAUGACUUUUUCGAUAACUCAGUAUCCCUCAGCUGUGACAGUUCUAGAUCUCUCAGAAGAAAGUAAUAAAUCGCAAGGUCACGAAAUUGCACAAAAAUACUCUGACCUGGUGAAAUCGUAUGGAGAUGAUUACAAACUGGAACUGACUGGCAAGGAAGACUUUGAGAACUACGUCAUUAAGGUCGAAGGAACGAGGCAAACGGGGAUUAACCCGCAUUAUCUGGUGGGCGCCUCUUUUUCCAACUCGAAAAUAAUUGCCUGGCUGAACAACCAGGCCUAUCACGCAGCUCCAUUAACCCUUAACAUGGUGCACAACGCUAUGGCCAAGGCACUUGUGGGUCCACAGGUGCAGAUCGGGGUCACCAAUGCACCACUAUACUACCCUCCACCACACGAUUCUCUGGAGUAUAUCAUAUCACUAAGAAUGGUCGUUUCAGUCUCCAUAUACUUGUACCUCAGCACGUGCUUCGUGAGCGCGAUGUAUAUUCUAUUCCCGAUAAGGGAGCGUGGGUCCAGGGCCAAGUUGCUGCAAUUUGUCGGUGGCGUAAAAUUGUGGAUCUUCUGGAUAUCGCAGUUUGUUUGCGACUUGGCCACCAACUUUGUGAUGGCCACGAUCGUGAUUAUUACGAUUAUUAUUAUCCAGGUGCCGGGUAUGGGUUUCAGCGAACUGGGCUGCUUUUUCGUUCUGCUGCUGUUCUAUGGAUUUUCCGUGUUGCCCUUCAUCUACACAAUGGGUUUGUUCAUUAGGGAACCAGUCACUGGAUUUUCUCGUGCAGCCAGGGUCAAUAUAUUUUUUGGAUUUUUACUGGUUAUUGCGUUUUUAAUAGUUUCUGUCAAAAAUCAAUCGUUAGAAACUUCUAGUUACUUGUAUUGGAUCUUCCAUAUUUUCCCGCAGUUCGGGCUUGGCAUGGGGUUGGCAAAUAUUAACAUAAACUUUUUCAAAAGAGCUAUAUGCGCUCAAGGAGUUACACAUACCGAGCUCUGCGAUACGAAGCCGGAAUGCUGCAGUGAGUACUUUUUUUCCUACUUUUCCUGGAAUCCUUAUGGUGGUAUAUCAUACCAGUUGAUCAGCAUGACCGCUACCGGAAUUUUCUUCUUCCUCAUUCUCUUCCUGAUGGAGUUCCGAGUGAUCCCGGUGCUAAUGCUCAAGAUUCGUCAAAAGCUAACUAAAAUGUAUUCCCCAUCGACCGAUAGCUACGUAGAUGACGACGUGGAUCAGGAGGGUAAGCUCAUCCUUCACAUGACUGCCGAUGAGAGGGCCUCCAAGAAUCUGGUGCUGGAUCGGGUCACCAAGAACUACGGUCAGUUUCGAGCCGUUGAUCAGGUUUCGCUCUGUGUAAGGGAAACCGAAUGCUUUGGCCUGCUUGGUGUGAAUGGAGCCGGAAAAACGACCACUUUCAAGAUGAUGACCGGCGAAGAGUGGAUCAGCUCGGGAGCCGCGUACGUCCAAGGUCAGAUCCUGGGCUGGAACAUGAGCGGGAUAUACAAGUUGAUCGGCUACUGUCCGCAGUUCGAUGCAUUGCCGACAGGACUGACGGGUCGCGAGGUGCUGCGAGUUUUCUGCCUGCUUUGCGGAGUUCCCGGGGAGGACAUUAGGCGAGUUAUCGAGGAUCUGGCCAAAUCUUUCGGGUUCGUGAAGCACUUAGACAAACGGACAGAAGCCUUUAGUGGAGGAAAUAAGCGAAAGCUGAGCACGGCCAUCGCAUUGAUCGGCAGUCCGUCCGUGAUUUACCUAGAUGAGCCCACAUCCGGCAUGGAUCCAGCGGCCAGGCGACAGCUAUGGAAUGUGGUCAGCCGCAUCCGGGAGUCUGGAAAAUCCAUCGUCCUGACCUCCCACAGCAUGGAGGAGUGUGAGGCCCUGUGCACCCGACUGGCCAUUAUGGUGAAUGGAGAGUUCAAGUGCCUCGGAUCGACGCAGCACCUAAAGAACAAGUUCUCCAAGGGACUGAUCCUCAAGAUCAAGCUGCGACGUGACCUGAAGGACCUGGGUCGGAGGGAAAGAGAUAUCUUUGCCGUCAAGGCGUUUGUAAGAGAAAAGUAUCCUGACUCCAUUCUCCGGGAUGAUACCGUGGGUCUGUUAACCUUUUACAUUCCAUUGACUGCGGUGAAAUGGUCACGCAUCUUUGGAACGAUGGAGAGGAAUCGCCAGCAGCUGAAUGUGGAGGACUACUCGGUCAGCCAGACCACUCUGGAGGAGAUCUUUUUGGAGUUUGCCAAGAACCAGCGCGAGGAAUCUAGUGCAGUUAAUAAAGCCAACUAGCUUCUCUCUUCACCGCCUUGCACAGAUAGCCCCAGUAACUUGCUCAAAAAUUGAAUUUAAUUAAUAACAUUUAAGAUUAUUUCUGAUGAGUAAUCCAUUAUGUGAAAUCCAUUUUUUAGAGCCAAAUUUUAUAAUUUUAUACAACAUUUUUUUAAAUAUUUCAAGUAACAAUUUAAGCAGAAAUUGCAAUCUUAUUGAAAUAUCUUGUUCUGCACCUACCGUUUGAAGCUGUCUAGAAUCAUUAAAAAGU